GUGUGUUCUUGGGUGUGCAGUGCAGGGAGAUCUGUGUGGAUCUGUACAGGAUGCAGUGUGAGCUGUUGGCCACAUGUAGCGCUCUCGGCUAUUUGGAGGGUGAUAACUACCACAAAGAGCCUGACUGCUUGGAGAGUGUAAAAGAUCUUAUUCGCUACCUGAGGCAUGAGGAUGAGACGAGGGACGUCAGACAGCAGCUGGGAGCAGCCCAGAUCCUCCAAAAUGACCUUUUACCUAUCAUAACCCAGCAUGGACAGGACAAGCCUCUGUUCGAUGCCUGCAUCAGGCUCAUGGUGAACUUGACUCAGCCCGCACUUCUCUGCUUUGGAAAAAUCCCAAAUGAUGCUGUUUUCCGACACCAUUUCCUCCAGCUGGUGACGUAUCUACAAGGAUAUAAGGAGGCAUUUGCUAAUGAAAAAGUUUUUACGGUCCUGAGUGAGACGCUGUACAACCUUCUGCAACUAGAUUGGGAACAGAGGCAAGAGGAAGAUAAUUUGCUGAUUGAAAGGAUUUUGCUGCUUGUAAGGAAUGUGCUUCACAUCCCUGCUGACCCCAAUGAGGAGAAGAAUGUGGAUGAUGAUGCCAGCGUACAUGAUAAGCUGCUGUGGGCGAUCCACAUGAGCGGAAUGGAUGACUUGCUGAAGUUUCUGGCCAGUGCUCAAAGUGAGCAGCAAUGGAGCAUGCAUGUGCUGGAGAUCAUCUCCCUCAUGUUUAGAGAUCAGACUCCUGAGCUGCUUGUAAGUGCGGGACAGAGUCGUUCAACACAGGAGAAACAAAAAGACACAAAGGAGCUAGAAACUCUCAGACAAAAAGAGCUAGCAGAGAAACGGACCCGCACACUACAGAGGGGAACCAGGCACUCACGUUUUCGAGGCUCAUAUGUAGUACAGGGAUUAAAGUCUAUUGGUGAGAAAGAUGUCAUUUUCCACCAAGGACUUCACAAUUUUAGGAACUACUCUCAUGAUUCUGGGAAGGCCGUGAGGCGUGUGCCCAAGCGUAAACAGGCAGCCCGAGACACUGAAACCCAGCGCCGGUCUGUCCUGAAUGUGCGAAUCUUUCUACGUGGAUUUUGCGUAGACUUCCUGGAAAACUGCUACAAUAGGCUCAUGUACCUUGUCAAGGAGUCAUUAAUUCGUGAACAGGGCCAGCAGCAUGAUGAGACUUACUACCUGUGGAGUCUGAGCUUCUUUAUGGCCUUUAAUCGUGGCAAUGGCUGCAGAGCUGAGCUUGUCUCUGAGACCCUUUCUAUUCGUGCCUUCCACUUCAUAGAGAAGAACAUCACUAACUACUAUGAGAUGAUGCUCACUGACCGAAAAGAGGCUACAUCAUGGUCUCGCAGAAUGCAUUUGGCUUUGAAGGCCUACCAAGAACUCCUGAUGACUGUAAAUGAAAUGGAUCACUCCAAAGAUGAGAACAUCCGUCAGAGUGCAAAUGUUAUCAAGAGUAAUAUCUUCUAUUUGAUGGAGUUCAGAGAGAUUUUCCUUACACUCUUGCGGAAGUUUGAUGAGAGAAUGCAGCCACGAUCAUUUUUGCGUGAUCUGGUAGAAUCCACGCAUCUGUUCUUACGAAUGCUGGAACGUUUCUGCAAGGGCCGAAACAAUCUGAUUGUGCAGAAAAAGAAGACAAAAAAGAGAAAGAAGAAAAAGAAUUCAACAGCGCAGAUAGAGAAUACCCCAGAAGCACUGGAAGAAACGUGGCAAAUCGUGUCUGAGGAGCUUAAAUCCUCUGGCUUUCAGUUAUCAGAAGCUCUGCGAGAGUCCGCUGUGCCCUUUGAUGCUGCUUCUGAGAUUCCUGUUACUGAGCAGCGGACUGAAGCCAUGAUCCGUAUUCAAGACGCUCUGCUCGCUCGCACUGGGCCAGAAGCACUCGGGUUACUGCGAGCAGCACGCGAGGUGUGGCCAGAGGGAGACGUGUUUGGCUCUGCUGAGGUAGAAUCAGAAGAUGAGCUUAAUCUUCUAAAGCAGAUUCUCUUUGCUGAACUUCCCAGACCAGCUCAGACAGAACCUACUAUGGAUGAAGAUGAGGAGGGGGCAGAACUAGACGAGGAAGAAGAGCUGGAGACUGUGCGUGUCUCUGAAACGGAGUUCAACUUUUUGGAUUUUAUCAAAAGGUUUGCCAACCCAAACAUUGUUCGACCGUACUUGGUGUUGCUGCGCACGUACUCAACAAACACAUCUCAUACCAACCACUGCAUUGCCCGUAUGCUUUACCGUGUUGCUGUGGACCUGAAGAUGGAUGCUUUGCUUUUUCAGCUUUCUGUCUUCCACCUUUUUAACAAAAUCUUCACUGACCCUGCUGCCUCAGCAUACAAGGAACUGGUUACUUUUGCCAAAUAUGUCGUGAACCGAUUCUUCUCUCUUGCUGCCCAGAACAGCAAAGCCUACAUCGAACUACUUUUCUGGAAGAAUGUUGGCAUUGUGAGACAGAUGACUGAGGGCUACAGUGCAGAUGAUGGUGGUACUAACAAAAAAGCCAACUGGACACCGGAGGAGGAAGAGGAGCUUCGGCGGGUAUAUGAAGAACACAAGGAUUCUGGAGUUCCUGACAUCGUGGAGACCAUCCUGCCACUGCUGAGCACAGAACGCACCAGACGACAAGUUGUAAUCCAAAUGGUGUCGAUGGGUUUGGUGGACAGUGUAAAGGACCUAAAAAAAGACAGAAAGGGUACUCAUAUUGUUCUCUGGACUGAGGAGCAGGAACAGGAGCUGCAGAUGCUCUUUGAGGAAUAUAAAGACUCUGAUGAUGUUUUGGGAAAUAUAUUAAAGCGCCUGACUGCUAAACGCUCCAGAGCUCGAGUCGUAGAUAAAAUCAUCAGCAUGGGCCUGGUUUCUGAGCGCAAAGAGCUGUAUAAGAAACGACGACGCAAUACCACUGGAAAAAGUCGGGAAAUGACUGAGGAGGAUUUUCUUGCUGACCUGAGUGGAGAACCCAGAGAAGACAUGAUUGACAGGGAUGAAGAAGAGGAAGAUGAGGAAUUGGAAGAAGAAAAAGAGGAUGAGGAGGAUAAUGAAGGAGAAAAUGAAGAGAUUAGACCUGUCCGAGAAAGGAAAGUCAAGAGACGAGAAAGCGUUGUGGAGAAAAACAUCAGUGUGGGAUCUAUGGCACAAAGCUUACGAGCAGAAGGCAUGUCCGGACCGAUCCUGUGGCUUCAGAAUUGCCUGAACAGAGCAGCAGACGAUCGGGAAGAAGAUGGUGUUUCUCACCCUGUGGCACUGGUUCCUUUGACGGAGGAGAAUGAAGACGCCAUGGAGAACAAAAAAUUCCAAAGGCUUCUUCGAAAAGUUGGCAUCCGUGCUCCAGCUGAUGAACAGGAGUCUUUCUGGAGGAUCUCUGCAACAAUGAGCAUCUUUCAGCUACGGUCAAUUGCAGCAUCUCUUGACCAAGUAGAUGAGAGUGAGGCCAAAGCUCAAGAGCAACCUGAUGCAGAGGUGACUGUAAAUCCAGAAUUGGCGCAGAACGACGAUGAAGGCCAUGACUCCCAGGAGCUCAGGACUCAGGCACUCCGAGCCUUGCUGCUGGCUCGCCAGAGGAAGCGUUCGCCUGAAGACACCAAAAAUUUAUCUGAUGUCACGUCUGAAAGUGAAAGUGGAGUACAAAGUGCUGCUGCUGUUCAAGGUAAAACUUCAGUUAAGAGGAGUCGUGUGUUAGACAGUGAUGACGACGAUGAUGCUGAACGAGACGAGGCUCCUCCUUCUAGAAUGAUUGUUGAAACUGAAGGAGGCGAUCACUCGGAUGAGGAAACUCACUCUGCUCCUGCCAAGCGAAGGCGCCACCGGGUGCUCAGUGACGACGAGGAAGACGACUAGAUGCUGUGACUUUGGACCGGCCACUCCUGUAACUCCAGAAAAAACAACCAGUGAUGACUGUCAACCAUUUCAAAAAAAGGGUCCACAUUUGAACAAUUUGACACUAUUAUGUGUGCUGCAGUUGGGUUAAAGCAUAAAUGUGUUCCUGAUACUGCAGAUGCAAACAGCUUGAGUCCUUUGCAACAACAAUAAGGAGCUUUUUAGGUGCUCUUUGGAAGUGCAGUUUUGUAUUUUAGACAUUUUGUACAUUUAAAAUUGUUUCUACAACUAUAGUAAUUUGGGAUUCAGGAUUCUUGAUGGUGUUUACUUUUAGACUUCUAAAAUGUUUGUGGCCCACAUUUGAGCUCCACCCUCCAUGCAGCUGUGCUUCAGAAUGCAUUCACAUGCACAUGCCCUAACAGGACUCCUAGAAGUGUGAAAUUGAAUAUCUUAAUGCAUCUUAUUCAAAUAGCUCUUUUCUACAUUUCUACAGUUUUUCUUGACUUGAUUGCACAUCCUUGUUUUGCCUAAAUAAUUACUGUUGUAAGUAAAAAAAAAAAAUGGUUUUCUUAAAAAAGAAACUCUAGAAAUGGUUGUAAUAUUAGAGAUCAUACCUUUUAGUACUCUUGUUUUCAGAUGGUGUUAUGCAAAGAUCCACAUUCAUUAAAUAAAGUGUUGAUUAAAUAAUCUUUACAAACUGUGUCCAUAGUCGUCAUAUUUCUAUUUUGCAAUUUACAAUAGUGUAAUAAAAUGAUUUUUCCUGCUAUUUAAUCUAAGUUUAUUUCUGGUUUUCUGAAGUUACUAAGAUACUGUACUUUAUCAAACUUGUCUACUUGUAUACAAUGUUUUAUUUUCUGUGACGAAUGCACAUUACAGAGAUCUAAACUUGAUUUGUACAACUUAUAAACCUAACAAAAAUACCCCUUUGAUCAAAGUGAAGUUUAA